AUGGCAACUAUUGUUAACCUAGCUAGAAAACUAGAUUGUGAGAUGUUUGUUGGACCGAGUGGCAUGGCUUUGCGUGAAAAGUAUUUAGGCAAUGGUUUUAAUCCAACAAAAGUGGAGCCAUUGUGGGAUGAUGAAACUGGCCACUCAAGAAUAGGUAUUGUUCAUUUUAGAAGUGGUUUUGAUGGAUUAACAGAUGCUCUUGCAUUUCAUCGGGCCUAUAAGAAUGAUCAUCAUGCAAAACAGGAUUGGGAAGGGUCUGUUACUCACAAUGAUUUCCUAUAUGUCUUGGUUGCUCAAGAAGAUGAUUACGCAUCCUCUGGAAUUGUUAGGAGGAAACUUCGUAGGUAUGCAACCAUCAAAAGUUUGGAUGAAAUCCAAGAUCUCUUGGACAUCUCCUGUGCCACUCUUUGUUGA